CUGUCUCAGGAGCCAGAUCAUCAAUUCGGGCAAUGGAGUGAAAGCCCCCAAUUGCGUCUCAACAACCGCUUUUCUCCAUUCUUGAUUCUCAAUUGCCGGGAGAGCUCUGUCGAUGAGCAAUUCCCUCCACCAACCCACAUCAUGAGAGCCUUCGCCAUUGCCGCCGGGCUUCUGAGCCUGCUCUCCCCGAUUGUCGCAAGCUCCGACUCGACGACUGCAGGUGACAAGGUGUCAAAGGUCAACCUGCCCGCCAACUUCAAGCCGCCCCAGGUUUUCAAGAACGCCAAUCUUGUCCACAUUGUCUCCCUCGAGAAGAACUACGUCAAGGAGUCAAUCAAUGUUCUGAUUGAGAACAUUGAUAAGCAGCCCCAAGAUGCAUACUACCUACCCUUCACCCCCGAGCAGAUGUCGCGCAUUGGAGGCUUCGAGGCCAAGGAUAGGAAGAACCCCGAAGCUGGCCCAUUCACCGUUGAUGCGGUCGAGUAUGAUCCCCUGAGGUGCAACAGCGAGACUCAGUACUACAAGAUCCAGCUCCCUACGCCCUUGAAGGCCGGCGGCCAGCAGACGCUGAGCAUCUCCUACUACCUUCUCCAGGCCUACAAGCCCCUGCCGGCCUCGAUCGCCCAGGAGGAGCAACAAUUCCUCACCUACGACUUCUCCGUGUACGCGCCCUCGGCCUACGUCACUUCGAAGCAGAAGACUGAGCUCAAGUCCCACUCGUCCAACAUCCCCGACUACACCAAGCUGCCUGGCAGCGGCGACAUCAAGGAGUUCCCCCAGAAGCAAGGUGCUAAGCUCACCUACGGUCCCUUUGAUGAGAAGCCCGCCGGUGCCGUCUCCCCCGCCCAGGUGCGCUUCGAGUUCACCAAGCCCGUCACCCACGUCGCCCAGCUCGAUCGCGAUAUCGAGGUCAGCCACUGGGGAGGAAAUGUGGCUUUUGAGGAGAGAUACGAGCUCUACCACCGCGGCGCCAACCUGUCGAAGCUCUUCAACCGCGUCAAGUGGGCGCAGGCGGCGUACUACAACCCCAACACCUACGCUCUCAAGGAGAUGAAGUUCCCCCUCAAGGUGGGAAGUGCGGACCCGUACUUUGUCGAUGCUAUUGGCAACGUCUCUACCUCGAGAUUCCGCAGCAACAAGCGCGAGGCGCUCCUGGAGAUCAAGCCUCGUUACCCCAUCUUUGGCGGCUGGAAGUACCCCUUCACCAUCGGCUGGAACUCGGACGCCAAGAACUUUGUCCGCACCGUCGAGGCUGGCAAGUACGUUGUCAACGUCCCCUUCCUCGAGGGUCCUAAGCAGCCCGAGGGAAUCGAGUACGCAAAGGUCAACCUGCAGAUUCUCCUGCCAGAGGGAGCAACGAACGUGAAGUUCUACACUAGCAUCCCCGAGUCCUCCAUUGUCGACUCUGUCAUCAGUGUCCACAAGACGUACCUCGACACCGUUGGACGCACCUCGGUCACCAUCAAGGCCAACAACCUUGUUGACGAGUUCCGGGAUCGGGAGGUGAUUGUCUCCUACGAGUACUCGGUGUCUUCCGCCCUGCGGAAGCCCCUUGUCAUCUUCGUCAGCUUUAUUUCCCUGUUCGCCGCCGCAUGGCUCGUUGGAGGACUGAACCCCAAGAUUUCGACCAAUGCGUAG